AUGAAGUUUGGAUUGUCGGCAAGCCCCCGUUGCUUCUCCACUCCAAGGAUGGUGGAAAGAGCUGGAAAAAAGUUCCAGUGUCUCGAAAGCUACCUGGAGAGCCAAAGGCCGAUGGCUGAUGGGUUGCAUCAGUUGUGUCAUUGGAAUUUUGUGCGCCGCCAUGGAAGAUCCUUUGUGAUCCCAAGCAGACGUACAAAAUGCAUCAAAAUGCUCAUCAUCUGUCAUCAUUUUCAGUGCGUAGUGGCGCAGUGGGUGCAUGUUUUCUGA